GAAAUCAUUGAUUGUACUCAGGCUUUGCUCGGCUUUAGUUCACUAGAAUGUAAAUACGUUAUAUAUUAUCAAAAAUCCUGAAGAUUUUUCUUCGUUUGUUUGGAGAUCAAGAUGACAACUCGGCUCAUUUUCAGACAGUUACUUGAUUUCGAGUCUUUCACUUUUACAUACUUGCUUGGAUGCAAUAAAACCAGACAGGCUGUUAUCAUAGACCCCGUUGAUACACAGGUCCAGAGAGAUUCACGGCUCAUAAAUGAAAUGGAACUCAAACUGAUAUAUGCAGUCAAUACCCACGUACAUGCCGACCACAUCACAGGGACAGGAAUGCUGAAACAGUUAACAAGAUGCAAGAGCAUGAUCUCUAAAGAAAGUGGUGCCAUCGCUGAUGUUCUUCUUAGUGAUGGUGAUGACAUUAGGUUUGGAGAACAAGCUGUAUGACAUUCGUCAGCCAUGCUAACAAGAUGGCUUUCACUGGYGAUGCUUUGUUGAUCAGGGCGUGUGGUAGAACAGACUUUCAAGAAGGGUCUCCCGAAAGAUUAUAUGAUUCAGUUACGAAAAAAAUCCUCUUUCUCCCUGAAGAUUUCAUUCURUAUCCAGCUCAUGACUAUAAAGGCCUAACAUCCACAUCUGUUGAAGAGGAGCUGAAGCACAAUCCGAGGUUGACAAAAAGCAAAGAGGAAUUUGUGAAAAUCAUGGAGAACCUUGGACUCACUAAACCAAAGAGAAUAGAUGAAGCUGUACCAGUCAACUUGAUGUGUGGCCCAAGUCAGCUCGGCAAAUAUCAUGAAAGAAUGGAUGAAUAGAAAUUAUAUGAACUAAAAWAUCCAAAUAUCACACCCUGGUGAAAGAGGAUGGGACUUUUGAUUGAUAUCUGAGAAAGUAUUUUUUAAUAAGACAAUGCAUGGUGAACUAAGGCCCCGUCCACACGUAUCCGGACAUUUUGUAUCCGCAAAUUAUUUUUUGCGGAUACGAAAAUGUUUGCGUCCACACGCAGCGUAU